UGAUUUAUCUAUGUUUUUUAGCAUAACAUUAAUUAACAUCAUCUCUGUGAUUUUGUAAUUUUUGAUGACUGCUACUGAUUUGUUUCCAACUUUCCAUCAAUUAUUGGACGAAAAGAUGGCAUCCAUUGAACUUUAUGUUUUCAUAUAUUUGGCUGGUUUGGUCGGUUUGCUUUCCCUCCUUCUGGGUACCUCUCUAUCAAAGUCUCUUUUUUGUUGCAAGUAUGAUCAUCGAUCGAUACAUUUUUUGUUUUUCUUCAUCCGUCAUCAUAUGUCCUGACUUCAUUUCAAUUGUAUUCAUCUUAAUUGGUGUUUCCCCGGCCCUCACUUGAUUCUAUUUCAAUUCCAAAGAAAAAAGUAUAAUUCCCAUUGUGAAGGCUUAAUUAAUUGAUCGGAGCUCCCUCGAAUUCUGGUUUCCAUUCAUCACCACAGAAUGAUGCUCAGCGCGCCUUUGAGUGGAGUGCUUUUCAAGCUUUCAGAGGCCUCAAAAAUCUUUUGGGGUCAUCACAAGUUAGUGUUGUAACAGGACCAAUCAUGGAUCGAGGCACUUGAGCAAGCAGCUUUGCCUAUUCAGAAUCUGCUAGUCACUGCUCUUCUUGAGUCAAUGGAUCUGCUUGAGCAUGAUGUCUAUUCCAAAUUAAGGACAGUGAGAUAGAAAGGUUUCAUACCAUAUAUUUCCCGCAUCCAUGCUGAUAAAGUGGAGGCUUUUGCAACCUCUGAUCAUCGCCUACGUACAAUCACUUCGUAUCCCGAGUCAAUUAAGGAAAUGCUUCCUCAGUAGGAGACUUGUCUAAGGACGUGAUUGAGUCUAAGAUCGAAAAGGUUGCAAGCUGCAGCUGAGAAAGCAGAAGCAACAAUGCCAUCAAAGAGAGGUAGCUCCAAGUCCUACAGUGGUGUAGGGAUUAUCCAUGUCGUUUGCGCUGCUUGGCAACAGAGUGUAAAUCACGAAAUUUUGUUGGUCUUGGGCCCUUAGUCAUAGUCAGUUGGAAGUUGGGCCUUUGUCACAGUAAAGUGUGAAUUGGAUUGUUCCAUCAAGAAUCCUCGAAUCUUUAACGAUGAACGCAAACUCACGCUUCAAUGGACACCAAGCAAAUUAAAGAAUCUUUUCUGGUUAACUGCAAUCACACACAUAUAUUUCUAAUCUCAUUUUUCGUUACAACCACUUUUUUUUUUUUUUUUUCUUUUUUUUUUUUUGAUAGGGCAAGUAGAAUUUCAGAGUAGACAAAGCAAAAUCGUAUCGGAGAGUGUGAUGGUGAUGGUGAUGGUGAUGGCAGCUUCUUCUUUCCUGAUAUCGCUGGCUAUCAGUGGCCAUCUCAAAGUGAAGACAGAAGAGCAAUGAGCUCCACCAUAACCAAAUUGCCCUCUCCUUAUCUUAAUUCUAGGAAUCAUAUACGUUGGGUGAUUAGGUUUUCGCUAUAGAGAGAUAGAUUGAUUGAACAAGGACGGACUAGGAUAGCAGGAGUGUAGGCGAUAGUAUACGUGUACUGGCAAUGGAGGCAAAACCAAGCAAGGAAAAGCCAUCAAAUCCGGUAGACAAAGUGACGAUGGAUCAUGUGCUUUUGGCACUCGGAGAGACCAAGGAACAGAGGGAGCUCAGAAUUCGUAAUCUGUUCAACUUGUUUGACACUGCAAAUGCUGGGUAUUUGGACUAUGCCCUGAUUGAGGCAGGCCUCUCUGCCCUCAAGAUACCCCCUGAGUACAAGUUUGCCAAGGAUCUGUUAAAUGUGUGUGAUGCAAAUCGAGAUGGUCGUGUGGAUUACCAAGAUUUUAAGCAUUACAUGGACGAUAAAGAGCUCGAACUCUAUGCCAUCUUUCAGGCAAUAGAUGUGAAACACAAUGGUUGCAUCCUGCCUGAAGAGCUAUGGGAUGCACUUGUAAGAGCAGGGAUUGAAAUUGAUGAUGAGGAACUUGCUCUCUUUGUUGAGCGUGUCGACAAGGAUAAUAAUGGUGUUAUAACAUUUGAAGAAUGGAGAGAUUUUCUUCUGCUUUACCCUCAGGAGGCAACCAUCGAGAAUAUUUAUCAUUAUUUGGAAAGGGUAUGCCUUGUUGAUAUUGGGGAGCAGACUGUUACUCCAGAAGUCAUGAGUAAACAUAUCCAUGCAAGUAGAUAUUUGAUUGCCGGUGCAGUAGCAGGAGCAACAUCGCGUACAGCUACCGCUCCUCUUGAUCGCUUGAAGGUUGUUUUGCAAGUACAGACACAACAAGCUCGUAUUAUGCCUGCAGUAAGGGAUAUAUGGAGACAAGGGGGCAUGCUGGGCUUUUUUCGUGGCAAUGGUUUAAAUGUCUUCAAGGUGGCUCCUGAAAGUGCCAUCAGGUUCUAUACUUAUGAAAUGCUGAAAAGUUAUAUUCUCCAUGCUAAUGGUGAAGAAGAUAAGGCUAAUAUUGGGAUGACAAUUCGCCUUGUUUCCGGUGGUUUAGCAGGUGCUGUGGCACAAGCUGCUAUUUAUCCCAUGGAUCUUGUUAAAACACGAAUACAAACUUAUGCUGGCGAAGGUGGAAGAACUCCUAGUCUUGGAUCUCUGUCUAAAGAAAUAUGGGUUCAGGAGGGACCCCGGGCAUUUUAUAGAGGCCUUGUUCCAUCUCUACUUGGGAUUAUCCCUUAUGCUGGCAUCGAUCUUGCUGCUUAUGAUACCUUGAAAGACAUGUCCAAGAAAUAUAUUCUGCAUGACAGCGAACCUGGUCCUCUUGUGCAAUUGGGAUGUGGGACGGUAUCAGGUGCUCUCAGUGCUUCAUGUGUUUACCCAUUGCAGGUUGUCAGGACAAGAAUGCAAGCUCAGCGCUUGAACAAAGACUCUGCUUAUGAGGGAAUGGCUGAUGUGUUCAGGAGAACCUUGCAACGUGAAGGGUUUAGGGGAUUAUACAAGGGAAUAUUUCCCAAUCUCCUUAAAGUAGUUCCGUCUGCAAGUAUAACUUAUAUGGUUUAUGAGUCUAUGAAGAAGAGUCUGGACCUUGGAUAGAGUUGACACAGUUCGCAAUGUCAUCUUGAUGAAGAUGUUGAUGAGGAAUAAGGUAAUUCCUACUGAUCUAACAAAUUUUUAUUCCUGACACAAAUCACAGUGCUAGGCAUAGCAUUAGAUUUCUUGAAAAGGCUUUAUAAGCCUGUCCCUAUAUUUGGGUUGUCCCAAAAACCUAUAUUAAGCUUUGUGUUCAAUGGGAAACCAUUGUAUUGCAACUCCCAAAUGUCUGUAACUUGAGCAACCAUUUGGUCAUAUAUGAUGUGAAUACUUUUGACCCAUUUUCAUGAUUUUAUCAAUAAUAGGGUGGAGUUCUAUAA